AUGACACAAUAUCCACGAUAUCAUCGAUGGUUACUUUCUGAACUUAUAUCAAAUAAUCGUUGUAUAACACCGCUCGCAAAUACAAUUGUUCUUUUGGGAACUUUACAACUUAUUACAGAAGAUAGUUCAAUAUAUCCAAAAGGUACAAUUUUAUUCGAAGACGAGACUGGAAAAGUGCCUUGCCUUUUAAUUGGUUACAAAAAAGAAUGGCUUACUGGUACAAUAGCCUUGUUAUCAUGGAGUUUUUUAAUAAACAAGCAACCAAGCGGAAAAGAGGUUUAUCAUUUAGAAGUACAUUCAGAAAUUCUUUUCCUGCGAGUCGGAUUUUCCGAGGCAUUAUAUUCUAAAAAAUUAGUUUUAAGUGCCAAUUUUUUUGAGAAACGAAGCCCCUCUUUUCUUAAUCAAAAUUUUUUUCAACCUAAUUCGUUCACGGCAGCAGCUGAUAUACUAUUUAACUUAGGUAGGAAUCCCACAGAGUCUCUUCCAAAGGUUAACUUAAUUGCAAUGGUUAACAUGAAAAGUGUCCUUUAUCAAUCAAAAGACAAAAUUACUUUUAUCGUGACGCUACACGAUUCAAAUUCAUCCGUACAUAUUAUCUUCAAUGGAGAUCAUUUCAUUGAAUAUUAUAAAAUAAUAAUGGUCGGUGAAAUGUAUUUUUUCAAAAAUAUAAAACCAAGGAGGACGUUUAAUGAGGAUACACAAUUUCCUGUUUUCGUGAUCAGCUCAAUUGAUUCGAUCGAAAACGUUAAUAGAGAACUCGCGAUCACUUAUAAUAGUAGUAACCCAACCGAGCAAAUCCAACAUUUAACUGAUCUGGCUUGUUCUUGUUUUGGUUUUGAAGGCAUAAUCACUUAUAUUAUAGAUAAUGCUUUGGGGUUAUUCGUUUUAGAUUCAGAAUAUAUUUUACAUCUGGGUAAAUAUCCAGAAUAUAAUCCAUCAAUAACUCCUUACCGACUUGGAAUGAAGCUGCUUUUAUAUAAUAUACAUGCGAUAAAAUUUACAAUGAAAGAAGACAUUUGGAGACUUGAUAAUAACAAGAAUUGUCCAAAUUUCAGAGAUGUUAAAGUAAUUUUUGCUGCCUGUCAUUGUAGUACUGUUCGAGUGGUUAGAUUUCCAAGCGAAAUAUUCGAAUCUGAUUCGGUUUCGCAAAAGAUCAUUAGUAAGUUCUCAAAUUUUCGUAAUAAUAACUCGUUCACUUUACUGGAAUUAUUAUGGGUUCAAAAGGCGCAUUAUAAUUUUACCAAAAAGUUCCCGGAUGUUUUCGAAGAUGAGAUAUUGUUAAGUGAUCCAAGACCAAGUAAAAGUGACUACAAGAAAGUUGAAAGUUGUCCAUUUUCAAGGCUUUUAAGAAAAUAUCGUGCGGCCAACUGUUUUGAAGAUUUGGCACAAGAAUAUUUUAAUCACAAAGUUUAUUGUUGUAUAACUGAAGAAAAUCAAGAAAUAGAUAUUAGAUUACCACCAAUAUCGGAAGUCUUACACCUCAUCAACGAAUUAGUGAUUUCACAAAGAUUUUCUUCUGAAAUUUGUGGAGAAAAUCAAUUGAAAGUGUUUUCACAAUUUGAAGCAAAUUUAGGGAAAACACAUUUGAUGGGAUUUCUUGAAGGAAGUUUGGAUGGAACUCUUCAAUUGAAAGAUCAAACAGGAACAAUUUCAGCAAUUAAUAUUUCUUUUGAAAAAAUUCAAUCUCAUCAUCUUAAUAGUAUAUGGAUAAUUCCUGAAUAUGAACUUGUAGUUGAACGACCCAGCAAAAUAUACUUACGUUUUGCUAUUGAAAAGUGCUUCUGUUUUUACGCGAAAUCAUAUGAUCCGAAAGUUCAUUUUAAUCGAAGUGUAUUCCAAAUUCGUCAUAUUUUUCCUGCAAAGUUAAAUUAUAUUUCAGAAAAUUCAAGAACAAACAUAAGUUGCAAAUUGCAAAUAGAAACUGUAUUAGAAUACACAUCAGAUUUGAUUAAUAAAAAUACAAUCACUUUUAUUAAUAUAUCAAAAGAUUUUAUCAAGAUCUUACCAGCGUUGCAUGUUGGGUCAUUUUAUGAAUUAUCUUUUGACGUUGAUAAAUCUGAACAGAUAAUAAAUUCGACAGAAGGGUCAAUUAUCUUAAAUUUUGAUGAUUUUGUAAUUUCAAAUAUCACCAGUAUCGAAUUUGAUGACAGUUCAACAUUUAAAGAUUUAUUUGGUCAAGUGAUUCAACCUAAAAUUCUUAGAUUAAACGAUUCAUCCAAAAAUUCAUUCAGGAAUCUAAAAGCAGCAUUUUUAACAGAAGAUAAAGCAUUAAACGUACAAGAAUUUCUGAAUGGAAAUUUUAUUAACAUUUUAAAUGACACAAAUAAAUUAGUGACUUUGAAGGGACUCAUUUUGUCAAAGGAAAUUCAGCAUUCUAACAAUGUAGGACAAUCACAUGCUAGUUUGUUGCUUAGAAUUCAAGACAUUCAAAUAGCGGAGGAAAUUAUUGAUGUAUAUAUUAGUAAUAUAUCGAAAUAUAUUAUUCCUAUUGGGCUAGUCCCAGGCCAAAUUAUUACAUUGAGAAAAAUUGGACUCAGAAAGUCUAAUUUUGGUAAAAUAUAUUGUUAUGCGUCUGGGAAAACUCAUAUAUCAUUGCAAGGAUAUCCAAAAUCGAUUCAAUCAUUCCAUCAAGAUCAAGAUUUUGAUAACACGAAUCUAAUAGAUCUUUUUGAAAGUAGGAUUUCUAUUCAAAGUGUAUUUCGAGUUCCUUGCAGAAUAAAUAAUGUUUAUGAAAUUAUAAUGCAAUUUAUAUGUGAAGCUUGUGAAGAAAUUAUAGAAAAUGAUUGUUGUCCUAAUGGAUGUAAUUUAGGUCGAAGAUUUUAUUCUUCUGGCAGAUUUAAGAUUUCAGACGGAACAUGUGUUGCAACUGUAACCGCUAGAGAUGAUAUAGUUGUUAGAGAAUUAUUGUGUAUUAAUAAUGAUUCUUAUCAAAAAAUUUGCGAUCAAAUUGAAAAGUCAAGAUUUUUUUAUGAAUGGAGCAUUUUUAGUGACAAUGAUUGUAUAAAAAACUCUCUCUCCGACUUCAUCUCUUUAAAAGACAUCAGAAGAGAUGUUAUCUUAUUUUGCAGGAAAAAAAAUAUACAGCAAAUGCCACCAAUAUUAGAACUUAAUGCUGUACAAAUUGCAGAAAAAUCACCAAUUUUUGAACUUAAAAAAAAAUUAAAAAAUGUUAUGUAA